AUUGGCUUCACUUUAACCCCCUAUAGCUUGUAUCUUUUCAGUUUAAAUUUAAGUUUUUCCCAUAUUAUACAAAUAAAGUUAAGCCAGCCUUGGCUGGAUUCCUACAUUUGAUGACAGCGACCAUUAGAGAGAAAUGUGGGGUUUUGAAGAACGAAUUGGAACGCGGCCGGAAGUCAUACUGUUGAAGAAGAAACGGGCGGCGGGAACAUGGACACAGCCAGUGAAAGUACAACAGUUUUCAACGAGUAGACGUCAUAAAACCUAUGUCCGUAGUGUUGCACCUAUUUAUUUCUGUCACACUAUCAUAAGAAGAUUUAACUAAUAACUGGAGCAGGCCAGGCAUGAGUGGCGCACACCUGGACGAAUGGCAGAGGAGGUCCUUUGACAUUUCAUCUGGCAACUGUACACCUGAACAGACGGCCGAUGCCUACCGGGCCCACAUCCUCUCCAUUCAGUAUGCAUGGGCAAGCUCCCAGCUCUCUCAGGCCAGCAUGGCCAGCCUGCUCAGGACCUACUCAGAGCGCUAUGCCGCAGUGCUGGACUCGGAUGACCCCCACACAGGGCUUAACAACUAUGCUGAGAGCGCACUGCAUCUGGCCCGCAGUCAGAGGAACUACAGUGACAAAUGGGAGUCGUCCCUGACCAUGGAGAGUGUGCUGGAGCUGCCCAGCGUGCAGAGGAUGAUUCAGGCAGGGACAGGGGGAGGAGGCACUCUGGUGGCACCUGGAGAUGCUAACAUAUCGGUGGGGCAAGAGAGCAGAGUUGGCUCCGUGUCUACUCCCUUUACUGGAGUCAGGUCAGAGGCUGCAUUGUUCAAACCUAUAGGAGCACCACAGCCCAAGGCAGAGGCUAACAACACUGCCAGUAAUACUGUUAUUAAUAUUACAUCAGAGAGGCCAAGAGGCUCUGAGGGGAUCUCAGGUAAUCCAAACACAUUUUCCAGACCUCCAGCCCGACCACAGACUGUGUUUAGUCAUCCUUCAGUUCCUCCACAAGGAAACCCAGGCCCUGCAGGGGGUACACAAAAUUAUCAGUCCUCCUCCUUCUCCACAUCCAACCCGUCUAAGCGGAAGAACUUUUACAAUCCAGAUGGAGGCGACGGUGGCAGAGGACAACACGGAGGUCAAGCAGGUGCUGACCUGCGAGCUGGAAGCAACUUCAAAACGGCUCGUGAACAGUUCAUUGUUGAUCAACAGAAAAAAUAUUCCCAUCAGCCCCAGAGAGGACAGGCCCCUGGUAUGGCAGCAACUGUGAAGAAAUCUCUGGGUGCUAACAGGCCUCGAGGAACAUUUUCCAAAUUUGUGUCACCUAUUCCACGACAGGAGGAUGAAGUUGGAACAAGUCAUAAUUCCAGUCAGGAACCGCAGAUCCUGGAUGAGCGCCUGAAGAAUUUUGAACCGAAGAUAGUCGAGCUAAUCAUGAGUGAGAUCAUGGACCACGGGCCUCCUGUCGCCUGGGAUGACAUAGCAGGCCUAGAAUUCGCCAAAACCACCAUAAAGGAGAUUGUGGUGUGGCCAAUGCUGCGACCUGACAUCUUUACUGGCCUCCGUGGUCCUCCCAAAGGCAUCCUGUUGUUUGGACCUCCGGGGACUGGAAAAACUCUGAUAGGAAAAUGCAUUGCUAGCCAGUCAGGUGCCACCUUCUUUAGCAUCAGCGCCUCAUCACUCACAUCCAAGUGGGUGGGUGAGGGAGAAAAAAUGGUGCGAGCCCUGUUUGCCAUUGCCCGCUGCCACCAGCCUGCUGUCAUCUUCAUCGAUGAAAUUGACUCACUGUUGUCCCAGCGGACGGAUGGGGAGCACGACUCAUCACGCAGGAUAAAGACAGAGUUCUUGGUUCAGCUGGAUGGAGCAGCCACAGCAGCUGAGGACCGCAUCCUGGUGGUGGGCGCCACCAACCGGCCUCAAGAGAUAGAUGAGGCUGCCCGACGACGCCUGGCAAAGAGGUUAUACAUCCCUCUGCCUGAAGCAACCGCCCGAUCGCAGAUUGUGACGAACCUCAUGUCUCAAGAGAAAAACCAGCUGAGAGAGGAAGAGCUGGACUGUGUUGUAACAGCCACGGAGGGUUUCUCAGGGGCUGAUAUGACUCAGCUGUGUAGAGAGGCAGCUCUAGGGCCCAUCCGCAGCAUCCAACUCAACGACAUCGCCACCAUCACUGCUGACCAGGUGCGACCAAUUCUGUACACUGACUUCCAAGAGGCCCUGAAGACGGUACGACCCAGCGUCUCAUCAAAAGACUUGGAGCAGUAUGAAGACUGGAAUAAGACUUUUGGAUGUGGACGUUAAACUUAACCUCCUCAUUCUGCUUAAACCUUUGCCUCUGUUAAUGCUUUGAGGUUGUUUUAAACUGAGUUCAGAUAAACUUUACUCUCUGGAGAAAUCUGAAUCUUUGUGAUCAGCAACUUUCUGACAGUCCCGCUAAAAAGCCUCACAAAGAUCAGCUUCUAAGUGCAGAGAUGUGAAUUAAGAUUGUCCAACAGGGCCUCUCUCUACAGCCAGCCUGAUGUUUGUGAGCUAUUUGUGAAACGCAGAUAUUUGUUUGGAUCUUCAUUUUGCUCGUCCUUUGUGGUUUGGUGUUUGCAUUCGUAACACCAUGUUAUGUAUGCAUGAAUUCCUUUAUACCAUGAGACUCUUUUUUUAGGAUGAACAUUAAGCAUAUUUAGCAUUUAUUCACAAAGAUAUUUUCACCUAUGAUAUAUGCAGUAUGUUAAGACUGAACUUUUGUCCUUGAUUUAGUUUGUUUCAAUUAAUUGCAUUGCUAAAUUUGUAUUUUUUUCAUAAUAAAAUAAAAUUUUGCCCUAA